GCUCCCCAGCGCUUAUUCAUCAGAGCGAGAGAGAGAUCCUUGUGUGUUGCUGUGUGACUGAGUUGAGCUCCAUGUUGGCGAUGUGCGCAGAGAGGAAACCACCGCACGCACCUCUAAGAAUGACACUUCGGUUUAUCGUUCAACUUCGAGAACUUUGGAUGUUUAGCAGCUAUUUUUACUUUUUUUCAUCAAUGGAAUCAACAAGAGACUAGUAAAAUCGCUGCCUUCACAGCAACAGCAAAACAUGUGUUGGAAUUUAGGCUAAGAAGCAGAUUAAUUUAAAUAAUUAGUUGUUUUUUAUUUUCUUCAAAACAACCAAAGUGAUAGACAUUAAGCAAUAAUUCAGUCGCCUGCUGCAGAUAUUCACUUAACUUUUGUGUUAUUAAUGAUCCUAAAUACCAGCCAGAGCAUAGAUAAUUUUUCCUAUAGGCCUAGUGUUGCCCAUUUAGCUUAGCCUAUAGCCUACUUGGUAGACGCUCCUGGCAUACCUAGAGCUCUUUUUUUAUAAACGUUUUUAUGCGAAAAAAAAAAGUAGGCAAUUCAAGAAAACAACAGUUAAAAUCUACUGUUCAACCUAAAUUGAAGGAAGGAGUCAGGAGAUCAAUGAUUUGCACGCUAGUACGAGUGAUGCGCAACAAAAUGUCCCUCGCGUGAGGCGCAAUGUCUUUACAGCCUCGCGUCUUCCAUUGACAGGACAGCCGGCAGACAAUCAACAAAGAACAUCUGUGCAACUUGUGGAAGAGAUACAAAAAAUGGGGAGAAAUAACCAUCGACAUUAAGCCCCCCUGUGGUUGAUGGUGAUGCCUGAGUCCAACCCAGCAAUGCAGAGGACAAGAACCUGGUGGUGGCAGGGACAACUGGGUGUUUCUCUGCUGUUUCUGGUUUUCCCGCUUCUCAGGACCGAACCGCUCCAAUUCGAGCUGUCGUUCAAUGGACUUUCGGAGCCCCAGAAUGUGACACUGGCUGCUAUACUGCCUUUGCGCAACACUGAAUACCCGUGGGCCUGGCCUCGCGUGGGGCCCGCUCUGAUGAGGGCUCUGGAGCGAGUCAAUGACGACCCCACCCUGCUGCCGGGCCACCGCCUGCGACUCGUCUACGACAGCAGCGAAAACAAGGACGGCGUCUGCUCCGACUCAGUGGCGCCAUUGGUGGCCGUGGACUUUAAGUUCUCCUACGACCCGUGGGCCUUCAUCGGCCCUGGCUGCGACUACGCUUCGUCUCCCGUGGGCCGCUUCACUACCCACUGGGACGUUCCCAUGGUGACGGCCGGGGCAGCGGCCAUCGGCUUCAACAUGUACACGUCCAUCACCAACACGGGCCCCACGCACAAGAAGCUGGGUGAGUUUGGGGUGCGCCUGCACCGGCAUUUUGGCUGGCACAGGCACGCCAUGCUCAUGUUCAGCGACAACAAGGACGACGACCGGCCGUACUACUUUACGGCCGAGGGGCUGUACACGCAGCUGCAGCUGGACAACAUCACCACGGCAGACACGGUCUUCAAUGAGCAGAAUGGACCGGUCCAGUAUGAGAACCUCAUCCGUGUCAUCAGCCAGAGUGCCCGAGUGGUGUACAUGUGCUGCUCAUGGGACACUUUCCGGACGCUGAUGGUACAGUUCUGGAGGGAGGGCCUGCCCCCGGAGGACUAUGCUUUCUUCUUCAUCGACCUGUUCGGCCACAGCCUGAGGAAGCGGCCCGCUAGGCCCUGGUACAGAGGAGACGCAGACGACCACGCCGCUAAGAAGGCCUUCAGGAGUGUGAAGAUCCUGACCUACAAAGAGCCACAGAACCCGGAGUACCUGGAGUUUGUGUCCAACCUGAAGAAGGACGCCAUGAACAUGUUCAACUUCACCGUAGAAGACUCGCUGACAAACCUGAUAGCAGGAGGCUUCUAUGACGGGGUAAUGCUUUACUCUCAGGCCCUGAACGAGACCAUGGCCGAGGGAGGAGGCCGGCCACGAGGGGACACCGUCACCAAGAGGAUGUGGAACCGCACGUACCAGGGUGUUACUGGCUUGGUUCAGAUAGAUGGAGAAGGCGAUCGGGAGAUUGACUUUGCCUUGUGGGACAUGACCGAUCUUGACUCUGGGGUCUUUCAGAUCGUGUCCGUCUACAACAGCACCCUGAAGGAGCUGGUUCCAGUGCCGGGCAUGAAGGUCCAGUGGCCGGGGGGCGCCCCCCCCCAAGACAUCCCCGACUGUGGCUUCAAGAACGACAAGCCCGCCUGCUUAGCACGGACGGUCACAAUGCACCAGAUGGUCGCCAUCAUUUUGUGCUUCAUUUUCAUCAUCAUCGUCACCGUCACCGUCUUCAUCUACAGGAAGCUGAAGUUGGAGAAUGAGUUGGCUGCUCAGCUCUGGCGGGUGCAGUGGGAGGACGUGCAGAUGAGCAACCUGGAGAAAGUGCUGCGCAGGGCCUGCAGCAGACUCACCCUGUCUCUGAGAGGCUCAAACUAUGGCUCCCUCCUAACCAUGGAAGGAAACUUCCAGAUCUAUGCCAAAACUGGCUACUACAAGGGAAACAUUGUGGCCAUUAAGUACGUCACUAACAAGAAGCGCAUCGAGCUCACCAGGAUGGUGCUUUUUGAGCUCAAACAUAUGCGUGAUGUUCAAAACGAGCACCUGACUCGCUUUAUCGGAGCCUGUAUCGAUCCUCCCAACAUCUGUAUUAUCACAGAGUACUGCCCCCGGGGCAGCCUGCAGGAUCUUAUGGAGAGCGAGAGCAUCACCUUGGACUGGAUGUUCAGAUACUCUCUCAUCAACGACAUUGUUAAGGGGAUGGCCUUCCUUCACAACAGCGUCAUCGUCUCCCAUGGUAACCUGAAGUCCUCAAACUGUGUGGUGGACAGUCGCUUUGUUCUGAAGAUCACUGACUACGGGCUGGCCAGCUUCCGCGAAAAGUCCAAUAUGGAGGACACACACGCCUACUAUGCCCGGAAAUUGUGGGCAGCUCCAGAGCUGCUGAGGGCAGAGUGUCCCCCACCGUGUGGCACUCAGAAAGGAGACAUCUACAGCUUCGGCAUCAUCCUGCAAGAGCUGGCCCUGCUCAGAGGGGUCUUCCACAUGGAGGGCGACACCCUCAGCCCCAAAGAGAUCGUAGAACGCGUGGCCCUGGGCCAGUGGCCCUACCUGCGGCCCUCCCUCUGCCCCCAGAGCCACAGUGAAGAGGUGGGCCAGCUCAUGCAGCGCUGCUGGAGCGAGGACAUGAACGAGAGGCCCGAGUUCCACCACAUCAAGCUGCUGCUGCGCAAACACAACAGAGGUUAUGGGUCUAAUAUCCUGGACAACCUGUUGUCUCGUAUGGAGCAGUACGCCAAUAACCUGGAAGAACUGGUGGAGGAAAGAACGCAGGCCUACCAUGAAGAGAAACGCAAGGCUGAGGCACUGCUCUACCAGAUACUUCCACACUCUGUAGCGGAGCAGCUGAAGAGAGGGGAGACGGUGCAGGCUGAGGCCUUUGACUCAGUCACCAUCUACUUCAGUGACAUUGUGGGCUUCACCGCCAUCUCAGCAGAGAGCACACCCAUGCAGGUGGUGACCCUAUUGAAUGACCUCUACACGUGUUUUGAUGCCAUCAUCGACAACUUUGAUGUUUACAAGGUGGAGACGAUAGGCGAUGCGUACAUGGUGGUGUCUGGGCUGCCGGUGAGGAAUGGCAAGCUGCACGGCCGAGAGAUCGCCCGCAUGUCCCUGGCCCUGCUGGAGGCCGUACACUCCUUCAGGAUCCGCCACCGACCUGCCCAGCAACUCCGUCUGCGCAGUGGCAUCCACAGUGGCCCUGUAUGUGCAGGUGUUGUAGGACUGAAGAUGCCUCGGUUCUGCUUGUUUGGAGAUACAGUCAACACAGCCUCUCGCAUGGAGUCCAAUGGGGAGGCCCUGAAGAUACACGUGUCGGAGGCCACGCGCGUGGUGCUGGACGACUUCAACUGUUUCCAACUGGAGCUGAGAGGAGACGUAGAGAUGAAAGGCAAAGGGUGGAUGAAGACCUACUGGCUACUGGGGGAGAGCACCAACAACAUGGCUUAGUAGAGAGAGAGAGAGUUAUGCAUAGACAGUAUUGGUGAGACGCCGUAGAAAGAAAGAGGGAAGGGAAGGGAGGACUGAGGUAAAAGGAACAGACAUGCAUACAGAUACAUAUAGGAAUGGAGUGAAAUAGAAAUAAGCAAAAAACUGUACUCCUGACAACACCCUCCAGAAUGAUAGUCUCAUUGACUCGGUCUCACUGCUCUUAAAGGGCAUACCUUGGUUCCUAUAGGUGGAAAAGCUCUCUCUAGAUUGACUUGCUAUGGUGGAUAAGCUAUCAACUUUGACCUUCCAUGGACAGCUUUAGACUUGUACCUCUCCAAGCAAAGGAACGCUAUCACUGCUACACCGCUGUGCGCCGAUUGGUAAGGCCCCACCUCGCCACCCAGUGUUCCAUAGUUGUAACCGUCGCUUUUGUGAACAAACAUUUUGGACAAUCUUGUUGGACCUGUUGUUUAUCGUGACAAGAGUAGUCCAAUGUGUUAUUUUGUGGUUAUUUCACUUUGUGACUGACUUGGUGUUCUCCAACAUGCCUUAGUGUUAUGUGAAGCCUUCACGGGCGUUAUUCUAUUUGUUUCACAGUGGUGUUUGUUCUAUAUCACAAUAUCAGUUUGUUCUAUAUCUAUAUCAAUUGAACAUUAAUCAAGUGAAGACUAGAAGGGUAUACUACGAAUGUAGCUAGAUUUACUCAGGCUUUUCUGAAAUUACCUAACUUCAUGAGCUGCGCGUUCAUGUCACACAUGGCUAGUCGAACGACAAACUCUUCAUUGAGACAAUGUUGAAACAUCAAUCCGUGGGCGAGUUAGUGCCACAUUUACAUUUUUGCCGAAAUCAAUUUACCUGCAAAUUCAGCAGGCUAUGGGGUGAAAUGGGCAACUACAAGCGCUGUCUUUCUUACGCGUAUAAUUUCUUUGGUGUGCUUCCCACUCCUAUCGAUAAAAUAAUUGUAUUAAGUCAUACGAAAGUUUUACUGCACGUGAAGUUUCAAAUGCAUCCUGUCAUUACUAAACAUGUUCUAUGUAUUUGAAUAUUACUAUUUUUAACACAAGAAUUUGAUUGGUCCUCAACUCACGGCUCAAACACUUCAUUCAAUAUAAAUGGAGUAAGCCCUGAGUUAGCCUGCCCGGGAUCAGGUUACUUCUGAAGGAUUCGUUGCUAUAGAAAUGUACCUGGCUAGAGCCACAUUUGUGUCACCGGUUAUCCCGAGUUGAUCUCAGAGUUGACCAAAGUUACCUCGCUAACCUGAUUCGUAGUAUACGGCUCAGUUAUCCAUAAUAAUACCAGUCCACAAAGUGUGCCCCACAGCCUGCUAGGCUAUGUACUUUAGGAGGAAGUAGUGGAGGUAAUCACCACCAUGCCAAUGUAGGCUAUCUAAUUGACAUUGGUGAAAUAUCUCAAAUGGACACUUACGGCUGUUAAAUUGUGAAAAGGUUCAUUAGGCUUAUAAAUAAGUCCAUAUGCAUUCAACAGGACUGUUCAAAAUCUUUUUGGUCAUAAAAAACAAUUAAUUACUUUAAUCUGCUCAAGAUAAACUGCGAUGACAAUGAAGAAUGGAGAAUUCGAUUUGGCCAUAAAUGACAACUUCUGGGUGAAUUACAUAUUGUUGCAACCUGGUCUUAGAGCAUUUUGUAUUAUUCUGUACGUAAAUCCGAGACACUCCAUUUAGUUUGAUAUGUUACGUUUGGUAUGGUUACAUAAGACAGAUGGUUACUUAUAACCAGCUAGCCCUCAAACAUGAAGUUAUUAUAUUACAAACUCAUUUUGAGAUUCAUAUUUUGUAAUUGUCCUUUUUCCUUUACUUACAAGAUGAUGUCAUAAUAACAUAUAUUUAACACUCAAGGGUACAAAAGAAUGAGGGAGUCUAGCUCGUCACUUCUCUUACUGUUACUGAUGAGAAAAGUCAGAUUUUUUUCAGAUUGGAAGUCCUUCUAAAUGGCAUACAUAGUAUAGUGAAAAAUAUAUACACUGAACAAAAAAAUAAACACAACAUGUAUAGUGUUGGUUUCAUGAGCUAAAAUAAAAGA